AUGGAAUCCGGAUGGAAACUGAUAGCUUUCACAAAAGUUGACUCUCAGGUUUACGCGCAAUACAAAGACAAAUGCGGAACAGGAAGCCUCAGUAUUUAUGAUCUUUUACCAUAUAGGUCUCACAGUAAACGUUAUCCUAACCACCGAAUCCGCGCCUACGCCGACGAGUUUCCCUACGCACCGGAGUUUUUUGCGAAGUUGCGAAGACUGAAAUUGCAGAUAGAUGAAAGUCAGGGAAUCAAGAGUGGGCGUGAACACACAUGCGCCCACAGGGCCGCUGGAAAGCAGUGGGAGAUCUUCUUGCAAACAGAAGAUCCCGACACUUGGUUCAGGUUUGUGGCUGAAACCAAUCACGGUGUCGUUGGAGAGCAGAAUGACACCUUGGACACUCGGUUUGUAGCCUGGAUGAACAAUAUGGAAGACUUCAAAGAAUGGGAAGAGCGUAAGAAGAGUCGGUGA